AUGGUCAGAGAAGCGGCGCCAUGGCUGGUUCUUGCAGCAUGCUCCAUGCUCAUCCAGCAGUCUCAGACAGAGAAGAGCCCAAAUUCUCUCCUCCUACCACCUGGCCUUAGAUACUCGACGAGGCUGAGGCUCAGGGGAGGAGGCAUCUUCGAUUGCUUCGGGUGUAAGCGGGCGGUGCAGGCGAGCGACCGAAACAGCAUCGAGCUGAUCGUGCACUUCGAAGCGAGAGAAGGAUCAGAGGUCUCCUACACUCCUGCUGUCGUCGGAUCUGGCGACCUCUUGGGAAAGUGGGAUAUCCGGAAGGCGCUCGUUAUGACCAAAGGCCCUGGCGAGCUCCGCUGGUCCAGGAAGAUCAGUGUGCCGCGUGCGGAUGAGAGCUACGAGUUCAAGUACAUCCUCAUCCCAGAUCGCACCUGCGCAGGAUCCGAAGGAGUGCUGGAGGAGGUUUUGUGGGAGGACGGACCGAACCGUGCGUUCAGCACCAGGAGCAAUGGGCAGGUGAGCAUCUUACGUCUGCUCCCGGGGAUGCUGAGCCAGAUCGGGCAGAUCGAGAUCUCGUCUGCCGCGCAACUACCCCACCACAUCCGCCACGAGAUCAACGGGGCCCCACCCUGUGUGGACGUUUGCUUCUCCGUGCAUCACAAGACAGAGUCUGCUUCCGAGUAUAUCUCUGUGGUCGGCAGCUGUGAGGUGCUGGGAAACUGGGACCCCUCCAAGGCCGUUCCCCUGCUGAAGGGCCAUGACGACAAGCUGGGGAGGACAAGGUGGGAGAGGCAGAUAUCCCUUCCCUUCCCCAACGGCGUUGAGUUCAAGUUCCUCAUCUUCGACAGCUCGAAAAGGACGAGGACCAUCUGGGAGGCUGGGACGAACCGAGUGUGCAGCAUUUCGAGGGAGGGCUGCGUUAGCUUCCAUCCAGACUCCACCACCUUGUACCAUUGCACGGAGCUGCCUGAAAGCGAGGCAGGAAAACAGACGGCCCCUGACAUGCAGAAGAAUGAGAACGUUACUACCCCGGUGUCGCGAGUGGAGUCCUUCCAGAAGGCUCUGGGGGUGAACGACUAG